AGGGAACUGUCAUUGCUCCUGUCACUGUCAACUUGAGUUAAGGUGCAAAUUUUUAUUCACUUUUAUUCUAAUCGCCAUGGAUCCAAAUCAAAAUCGAAGCCCUAACUCCAAUUCUAACGAGGAAAAUCCGCCAGUGCCAGUGCCAGUGCCAGUGCCAGUGCCGACCCACGCUAGUUAUUUUCAGGGAAUCGAGGGACUUUUUGCCGAUAUGGGACUAAUAGCUGAUCCAGACACUUGGGAAGUACUUCGCGACAUGGCCUACGGCAUGGAUCCGACUAGUCUCCCGGAUGACUUUUAUUUGGAGAGUCUGGAUAAUAGUUUCUGCUUUUAUAUCAUGGGUCUGAGCGUUGAUUUAUAUCCAGUGGCUCCAUGUCCUCCACCGACUACUCCAGUGGCCCAGACCCAGCGUUCCGGCUCGACUCGUCCGAUUCCAUUGCCCCAUUUGGGAGAAGAAGAAGGUGUAGCUAUGAUGGCCAUGUCCGAUACGGAUGAAGAUUUUGUGGAAAUUGAUAUCUCAUUCGACGUCCUCCAUUAUCCAGAUGAUAAUGACAUGGAAUAAUAGGUUUUUAGCUCUACCAAUAAACAUAAUCAUUGAAAAUUAA